AAUGACUAACAGCAAAGUUAGCGGUAGGACUUGUCUCCGAGGUCCAUUGAAAUAGCGGCAUCUUGAUUGGCCAAUCUCACAUGUCCACCCCAUACUUUCUGGACCAAUCAGCAUGGCUAGUCAUGGAAAAGUGCUGCUACAACAUGGAGCUAAAUCAGGGGUUUCUCCGCCAGAACGGGUCCCCAAAAAUGUCCCGCGGACUGCGUGGAGCGGGUGGAGUCUUCUAUCGAGUGACAGCUGUGACCUGUCGAGGCUCAAAAGGACGUUUGAUUGCCAAUUCGGGUUUCUUUGACAUGCAGAUGAUCUUUUCGACUUGGCGUGUUGAUAGAGACGGCUUCCAGGAGGUAAGCUUUGGGCCAGGACCAGCUCCCCCCUGAAUGAGGUGGGGGAUAUGGCAUAUAAAAUUGCACAAGAGGCAAGAUUUUGACGGAAAGGGGGUGGAUGUUGAUUCUCGGGUAAACAUUGUGAUAUGGUGUGGAGGUUUGGUGUGGAGGUUUGGUGCUUGCAACGUCCAGAAUGGCAAAUGGAUAUGCCUCAGUCUGGUGGCUAUGAAUCUACCUACUAUGAGUAUGUCAACUUGGUAGAAACGACGAUCGAGAGAUCCGUAACUCUUCAUGCCUUCCCCUCUCCCGUACAACACCACGCCAUAGAAAGUCGCAAUAUCACUGGUAGAGGGUGGCAGUGUGCAUGAGCAUGUCACGGCCCUGGUCCGACAAUCUCCCACUCCCACUCCCACUCGUGUGUCUCCCCCCUCCACCACAGCAACGUGAACAGAGCUCGAGGUCCCCCAAAAAAAAUCCGACGAAUCGAGCUCCUUGCCGACCAUCCACCGCCUUUACUUUCUAGCACAAGAGGAGUCGAUAACUCUCCUCAACAAACUUCCCUUCAACUCCACACAUUCGUUCUUAUGGCCCCUUUCACGAGCCCUCGCAUCUCCUAGAAUUCAUGACGACUCCCGCCUAGAUUGUUUUUGCGACCCCAUUGAGACCUGCACGAGCGCCCCUACGCGUCAAUUGGCCGUUCCCUUUUUUUCCUUCCCGCGAUACCCACGAUACGAUGAGCGACGACUCGGCGCCGACAAUUGGAGUACCCGAUGCUAAACUCGCGGCGGCGCACGAAUGGUCACACUCCAAUGGCAGCAAGCCUCUCACACUUAGUAUAGACGAAAGCCUGGAUCAUGGCCGCACGGGGGGGCUUUCGUCCUCCCCAAGGUUUCUAUUGAAAAAGGAGAAACGAAAAGAUGAUGGCGCUCUGGAGAUUGUCUGUGGUUGGGUUGUCGAGCACCAGAUUGGUGAUUUUCCCUCGGGCCAAAGGAGGCCGCCCCAAAAAUUGGAGAUAGAGUCUAACAAAACUCCCAGGUCUCGCGGUCAAUCUGUUGAUGCUCCUCUCACUUACCCAUAUGUGUUUUCCCCGUGCCAGAAGGCAUACCCGCAAGUUCUUUGAACUGUCCUACUUCAAUCAAGAUUCCGGCGAAUACUGUGCGGGAUGGAAUGAUGCUUGGAUGGUAUUUUUCUGGAUUGUGGUGUUUACAGGACUUCGCGCCGCUGUGAUGGGCUAUAUCUUGGAACCAUUCGCAAGACGUGGAGGUGUCAAAACGGAAAGAGGACAGAUAAGAUUCGCUGAGCAGGCUUGGCUGAUUAUAUACUACUGUGUUUUUUGGCCACUCGGAAUGGUAGGUGGAUAUUUCCCGUGCAUGGCUUACAGAAAUGCUGACAGGACAUAGUACAUUCUCAUCCGAUCCGCUUAUUGGCUCAAUAUGAAGAAUCUGUGGACGAAUUGGCCAAAUCGGGAGAUGGGAGGACUCGAGAAAUGGUACAUUCUGGUGCAAUAUGCCUUCUGGCUCCAGCAGAUCAUGGUUAUAAACAUUGAAGAAAGGCGAAAGGACCAUUGGCAAAUGUUUACCCAUCAUAUUGUUACCACAGCUUUGAUCUUCACCAGUUACGGCUAUCACCAGACCAAAGUGGCCAAUCUGAUCCUCUGUCUCAUGGAUGGUGUUGACAUCCUUCUUUCCGUAAGUUCUGCUUAUUCUUUGUUUCGAAUAAGUCUAAUCAUAUUUCUUAGUUGGCCAAAUGCUUGAAAUACCUCGGUUAUACCACCAUCUGCGACGUUCUUUUCGGCCUUUUCAUGGUAGCUUGGUUCUGUACUCGUCACGUUUGUUAUCUUAUCACCUGCUAUUCCGUUUGGGCAGACAUCCCAACUACCAUCGAAUACGGCUGUUACAAGGGGCGGAAGGGCUCUGUAGUAGGGCCAUUUCCACCACCGGAUCGAUUUGGACACCUUAUUUCACCCUUUCGAGACCCAGAAGGUAUUGUGUGUUUUAACCACAAUAUCAAGUGGGCUUUCUUAUCAGCACUUCUUUUCCUCCAAUGCAUUACCAUUAUGUGGUUUGUGAUGAUUGUCCGUGUCGCAUUACACGUCCUGAAAGGUGGCCCAGCUCAUGAAGUCCGAAGCGACGAUGAGGAAGAGGAAGAAACCGCCACGAUAGAUGAGAAGACCCCUUCGGCACUUGAGUCCAAAGGCGAUGUGGAACAGCAACCUUAUGAAGAGGAAGUUGGCGUCGAAUCGAUCAACCUACGUGGAAGAACUUCCGCCGCUUCACGAUACAAAAAGGCAACUAGUAGCGCUUCAGGUGUCAGUUUACCGGGUCACAGUGAUCGAAAAGAGUUGCUGGGGCGGAUUGGCUGUGAUAAGGGAGUUUGA